AUGCUGCCCUCCCCGGGGGCUUCGCCCGUGGGGUCCCCCCGCGGGUCCCCCCGCAAUUCCCCCGUGCUCUUCAGGAAGCUCCUGGUGAACCAGAGCAUCCGCCUGCAGCGGCGCUUCACCGUGGCGCAUCCCCUCUGCUUCGACCUGGAGAAUGGCCUCCCGGGCAGGGGUGCGCUGGACCCCCAGGCCAGCCCGGGCGCGGGGCUGGUGCUGCAGGGCACCUUCAGCCACGGCCAGCGCCGCGAGUCCUUCCUCUACCGCUCCGACAGCGACUACGACCUGUCCCCCAAGGCCAUGUCCCGCAACUCCUCCAUCGCCAGCGACCUGCACGGCGAGGACAUGAUCGUCACGCCGUUCGCCCAGGUCCUGGCCAGCCUCCGCACCAUCCGCAGCAACUUCGCGGUGCUGAUGCACCUCCAGGACCGCGCCGGCACCAAGCGAGCCUCGAGCAGCAGCCUCCCCUCCGCGAGCAAGGCCAGCCUCUCCGAGGAUGCCCAGCAGAAGCUCUCGCUGGAGACCCUGGAGGAGCUGGACUGGUGCCUGGACCAGCUGGAGACGCUGCAGACCAGGCACUCGGUCAGCGAGAUGGCCUCCAACAAGUUUAAGCGGAUGCUGAACCGGGAGCUGUCGCACCUCUCGGAGACCAGCCGCUCGGGGAACCAGGUCUCCGAGUACAUCUCCAGCACCUUCCUGGACAAGCAGCACGAGGUGGAGAUCCCCUCGGCGCUGCCCAAGGACAAGGAGAAGGAGCGGAAGAAGCGCCCCAUGUCGCAGAUCAGCGGCGUCAGGAAGCUCACGCACGGCUCCAGCCUCGCCGCCGCCGGCAUCCCUCGCUUCGGGGUGCGCACGGACCACGAGGGGCUGCUGGCCAAGGAGCUGGAGGACACCAACAAGUGGGGUCUGGACGUGUUCAAAGUCGCCGAGUAUUCGGGCAACCGCCCGCUGACGGUCAUCAUGUACAGCAUCUUCCAGGAGCGCGACCUGAUGAAGACCUUCCGCAUCCCCGCCGACACCUUCAUCACCUACAUGCUGACGCUGGAGGACCACUACCACGCCGACGUGGCCUACCACAACAACAUCCACGCCGCCGACGUGGCCCAGUCCACCCACGUCCUCCUCUCCACGCCGGCGCUGGAGGCCGUCUUCACAGACCUGGAGAUCAUGGCUGCCAUCUUCGCCAGCGCCAUCCACGACGUCGACCACCCCGGGGUCUCCAACCAGUUCCUCAUCAACACCAACUCGGAGCUGGCGCUGAUGUACAACGACGCCUCGGUGCUGGAGAACCACCACCUAGCCGUGGGCUUCAAGCUCCUCCAGGAGGAGAACUGCGACAUCUUCCAGAACCUGAGCAAGAAGCAGAGGCAGUCGCUCCGUAAAAUGGCCAUCGACAUGGUGCUGGCCACGGACAUGUCCAAGCACAUGAACCUGCUGGCGGAUCUGAAGACCAUGGUGGAGACCAAGAAGGUGACCAGCCUGGGGGUGCUGCUGCUGGAUAACUACUCCGACCGCAUCCAGGUGCUGCAGAACAUGGUGCACUGCGCCGACCUCAGCAACCCCACCAAGCCGCUGGAGCUGUACCGGCAGUGGACCGACCGCAUCAUGGAGGAGUUCUUCCGCCAGGGUGACCGUGAGCGGGAGAAGGGGAUGGAGAUCAGCCCCAUGUGCGACAAGCACACCGCCUCCGUGGAGAAGUCCCAGGUGGGCUUCAUCGACUUCAUCGCCCACCCGCUGUGGGAGACCUGGGCCGACCUGGUGCACCCCGAUGCCCAGGAGAUCCUGGACACGCUGGAGGACAACCGGGAGUGGUACCAGAGCAUGAUCCCGCGCAGCCCCUCCCCACCUCCCGAGGGUCCCGGGGUGCCCCCCGCCGCCACCGACAAGUUCCAGUUCGAGAUGACGCUGGAGGAGGAGGAGGGCGAGUCGGACACGGAGCUGGAGGGGCCCGAGAGCCCCUUGGACGAGGACAACAGUGGCUCCAAGACGCCGGCCACGGAUGACUCGGAGUCGGCCGACACCGAGCGCCUCUCACCUGGCUCCAGGGACCGGGACUUGCCCCAGGGUGGGUGCCCCGGGGACGUGGACAACCGGCGGGCGCUGGAGGGGACGCUGACGAACGACGGUGGCAGCUCAGCGCCAGGCUCCGAGGGCAGCCAGGAGCUGUGCCUGGACACGGAGGGCAACGUCACAUUCCUGCCCCUGGGCACGUAG